ACCCCGAGGUCUGGCCAGACGUGUUCAGCCUGCCCCCAUCUGAGCUGCGCCGAGUGGGCGGCUUCCGCAUCCGGAGGCGCGGCGUGGGGGAAAUCGCCUUCGAAGGCGAGGUCGACUUUGCGUCGCAGCCUGGGCUGCUCGAGGACCUGACGGCCAUCGUCCACCUCGAGAUGGGUGAGGUGGUGCUCUACCCAGGGCGCGACAAGCCGCGGGAGGGCACUGGGCUUAACAGGCCGGCGACCGUCACGCUCUUCCAGUGCUUCCCCCCAGAGGUGGGGCAGUUCCCCGACGCCGAGAGCAAGGCGCGCUACCGCGGCCGCAUCGCCCAGAUGACGGAGGAGAAGGGGGCGCACUUUGUGGACUACGACUGCGACACGGGCACGUGGCGCUUCCAGGUGGACCACUUCUGAGCCGGGCGGCGCCCGAGGGCCCCCGCGGCCGGCCGCUCGGCUCUGGCCGGGGCGUCGGCGUGCAAAGCGUUGGGGGAGGGGGAGGGGGUCCUCCUCGUCCACCACCACCACACGUUGGAGAGGGAGGGGGUCCUCCUCGUCCUCCUCCUCCUCCUUCUCCUCGUCCUCCUCCUCCUUCUCCUCCUC